AUGUCCCACGACGACAGCGGACCACAGUGUCACCUCGAAGCGAGCGUACCGCCGUUUCUGCGCCCACCGCCGCGGAGCGACGCCGAUCCGACGUGGGGUCUGGGCACCGAAACGACCGCGGAGGCUGAUCCCGCGCUUCAGUCCAAGUUGGCGCAUUUUCACGACUUGAAAGCGCGAGACAUACACGUCAAUGAGGCCUUGGCCCGCAAUCGAGCGUUUCAUAACCCACACAUCAGCGCCAAGCUAGUCGAAUGGACGGGCAUCGAUGAGUAUGGCAGCCAUCACGCGCGCGGCACGCGGCCCAAGGACGUGGCGGAUGAAUUUGCCCGGCAACACGGCUCGCCCUCCGCUCUGGCAGAAGCGCAAAGGCGCGACAUCGAAGAGCGCAGGCGCCAACGCACGCGCAUUGAUUUCACGCGGUAA